AGAGUCUUCCGAGCAUUUUGGGAGUGGGAUGGGGUUGUCUGGAGUUUCCCUUCCUUCUCCACGGCUCCACUGUCAACCCCAUUCCCCUCCCUUCACCCAGUCGCCACGAAAGCUUUUCUGAGCUUCCGCAUCCGAAUCAUCAAAGAUUUUUUUUUUUUAUUUAUUAUUAUUUUUUUUUUUAUGAAGAAUCAUCAAAGAUUUAGCUUAUUAAUGUUUCUAUCUAUUCAUGUAUCAUCUCCUCCUCCUCUUUAUUCUAUGGUUCCAGCACAGAAAUCCGUCCACAAUUCCUAAUUACGAUUGGUUCUUCCUCUUCAUAUAUUCCUCCCCUGUACUUGCUCUCUAUUUUAUUUUAUUUUUUUUGGUUUUGGUAGAACAGUAAUGGCUGCGGGAGAAGAGAAAAGCAGUGAUCUUUACUCUGUUUUGGGUUUGAAGAAGGAAUGUACUGCAUCGGAGCUAAGAAAUGCAUAUAAGAAGCUCGCUUUGCGAUGGCAUCCGGACCGGUGCUCGGCGUCAGGAAAUUCGAAGAACAGGGAAGAAGCGAAGGAAAAAUUCCAGUCAAUACAAGAAGCUUAUUCCGUUCUCUCUGACGCGAAUAAAAGGUUUCUGUACGACGUCGGAGCCUAUCACAACGACGGUGACGAUGACGAAAAUGGAAUGGGAGAUUUUUUGGAUGAAAUGUCGAUCAUGAUGAGCCAGGCCAAUCCGAGUAUUGGGAAGGGUCAGGAAAGUUUCAAAGAUCUUCAGGAACUAUUCGAGGAAAUGUCCAUGAGGGACAUGGACACCUUCCAUUCCUCCUCCUUUCAGAACGCGCCUUCUUCUUCGUCUUCUUCUUGUUGUUAUACUUCUAGUAAUACCCACAGUGACAAGAGCAGCGAACUCAACAACAAGAGAGCUUGCUACGAGAGAUCCAGCAGUUUCGAUGCGGAAUCCAUGAGAAUUCCUAGUUUCUGUAUAGGAGUAGUGGGGACAGAAGGUUUCAAGGGGAAAGGAGUAAAAAGAAGGAGGGGGAACACUAAUCGUAGAAAACCAAAACCAAAAGCAAAGGUUUCCUCCACCUCCUCCAAAGAGACUAACGCCAGCGCCCGCCGCCGCACUGCUUAAGAGGAUGCUUAAAAAAUAGAGAGCCAACCAGCCAGCCAGGAAGAAGCAGUCUUUAUGUUACUUUAUUAGUUGUUGAGAGACUUUUAUGAGUUUUUUGACUUUCUUAUGGGAAAAUGUCACAAAAAUAAGUAGUUUUGUUAUCGGAAAUGAGGCCUACAGCACGUGGGUGAAAGGCCAUCGAGAAUCAGAGACAUACUGGGAUACCGUAAGCCAACCCGCUUUUUUUGGUUUGAUGGCUCCUUGUGGGUUGCAGAUCGGGCGGCUGGCCUUGCAACUUGCAUUCAACCAAGAAAAGGUCGUGGACGAAGAAGAAAAAUCUUACUAUAUGCAGUUUUGGCUUCUUUUCCAUUUUUAUUUUGGGGGUUGGGGUUCUCUUGGCUGGGCUUGGCUGUCUUGCACAAGUCGCAAAGUUGUUGCAAGUUGUGAGAGCUCCAGCUUCGAGUCUGCGAUACAUUCAUGAAGCUACGAUUGUGGAACCACAACCUCUUCUGGCAUCUGUCCAAAUCCAAUUCUAAUCUGUAUUUUUUUUCUUUUUCCUUUUUUUCUUUUUUCCUUUUUUCUCCUUUUUUCCUUUUUUCGCUUUUUUCCUUUUUUCCUUCUCCUUUUGAGUAAAUCCAAUGCGAUCGGCGAAAGAAUAUUGUAUUUUAAUUCAAGUUGGGCAACUUGGAGGUGCUGUCCGGUGGCCAGCCCCUUCCCCCACUCGCUCCCUCCCCAUCCGCCAACCGCCAAUGGUCUGAUUGAAACAAUAAAAAUUGGACCACUUGAAUGA